GACGGCGGAUCAUGUGACAGCAGCGGUUUCUGAACGACAAAAGCGGACUCACACACAUACACUCACGCAGUGAGACACAAACACACACACACACACACAGAUAGAGGAGUUUCGUAACUUGGGGAAGUUUUACGGAGCCAUCGAUCACAGAGCCGUCUUGUUGUUUUUUCUCUGAUGUCAGUGACACAGCGGAGGACCGAUCGUCGCCUGCGUCACUUUUUCAGCGGAGCGCCUAAUUGAGUUUCUCCCUGAGAAGGGAACCUGUGCCUUUCAGCAAGGCAGCUGUGAAACUAACGUCUCUCUUCAGGAAUAGACCGUAUACUCCAUCUGAGAAGUAAGUCUGACGCGGUGACUUCUGCGGGUACUUGACGGUGUUCCCGGGCUGCCUCAUAGGCUGACCCCGGCGCAGGCGAAAUUUCCUCUCGGAUAUUCUGCGGAGUCUGGCCUGUGCAGCCAUGCUGAUGUAUGAUUACCCUCUGAAGACAGACAUGGAGACGUUCUACCCCGGAGUGAUCUUUCCCCAUCCAUCACCCCUCUACAGAAUGCACACCCCCAGCAGCCUCACGCACAUCCAGAUGGAGCCCGUGGACCUGUCUGUCAGCAAGCGCUCCUCUUCCACCUCCUCCCCUCCCUGCUCCUCUGCCUCCUCCCCAGCCUCUCCUCGCAGCUCUCCAGCAUCACCUUACAGCUCGGCGAGCCACACCCCUUCCCGCAGCUCACCCCCACACUCUCAGCUGCGCUCCUCACCCUCCCACGCUCUCCCACCGCCCACUCCCUCACUUCCGUGCGCCACCAUAGUGUCUCCUCUGGGCUCCGGGGUCAUCCAAGAGUCACGGAUCAUGGUGUCUCCGAUUGUGCUGCCUCUGCCUAUUCUCCCCUAUUACCAGUCAUCUGUUCUGCACCAGCCAAUAAUGGUGAGCCCACCUGUCAGCAGUGACGAUGACCAUUAUCGAAGCCGGGAGCCCAAGAUGGUUCACCCAACGAAGCCCCUGGAGCUGCGAGGUGAUGCCCACGAACUGCAGAAACCAAUCAAAACGGAGGCUCGCCCUGAACUCGCUCAUGACCCCAACAGCCACGAGAUAAAAUCAUCAGUCAUAGCAAUACCGCGCGAGUACGAGGGUAACAACCCAUCAGUAAUAGUCCAUCCGGGCACAAGGCACCCCUUCCCUGCUGAGUCUCCUGACUCUCUAAAAAAACGGAGGAUUCACCGCUGUGACUUCAGCGGCUGUGACAAAGUGUACACGAAGAGCUCCCACCUCAAAGCACACCGCAGGACCCACACAGGGGAGAAACCCUACAGGUGCAGCUGGGAAGGGUGCACGUGGAAGUUCGCCCGUUCAGACGAGCUGACGAGACACUUCCGCAAGCACACAGGAGUCAAACCGUUCCAGUGUCCCGACUGUGAACGCAGCUUCUCCCGCUCCGACCACCUGGCUUUGCACAAGAAACGACACCUCCUAGUGUGAAACUCUCCACUGGGCAACUUGAAUGCAACUCUGUGCUGGGUUAAGUGUUGGACUACACCAGUUUGACUUUAAAAUGAAAUGGCUGGCCUUACCUGGACUCUGACAGGGAGUGGGGAAAUGUUUCCUCACGGUUAACGUUUAAACCCUUUCACCUCAUUAAGCCUGAAAAUGCGCUGGUGCCAGCUUGCAGAUUUAUGACCAGCUCAUUUUAAUAGAAAUGUGGUAGCUGUACCAGACCUAUGAUCAGCUAUGGAAGGUCCAGACACUUUUUUCUUUACUUUUUCUCUCUCUCUCUCUCUUUUUUUAAAAAGCGCUUGCAGCUCCUCAGCUGGCCUGAGAGCAGCGCCUUCUUGUGGCUGCACAACCAAAUAUCCAGUGUUCAAGCCACGCGGCAUGCUCACAAGCUUCUCAGUGCAACAUCAGCUCCAACUUCUUUGCAUGCAUUCAAGUAAACUUUUGGGACUUGGACACACACUUAGAAACACGUUAUUUGCUAGCUAUGCCAAUACAAUGUGAAACUUUCCAGAAUGUAUCAUAUCACACCUACUGUGCAUUGUGUCAUACAUACUUCAGCUUUUCUUUCAUUUUUUUUUUUCCUUCAACAUAACAUUUGUGCCAACUUCCUUCUUCGGGGUCUGCUAUAAUAAAUUAAAAAAAAACACCACA